CAAGGCCAUGACCCCUCGUCCUAAUCUGCCGUCCUGGCGUUCUCCCUCUCUUUCCCGUGCCUUCCCGUCCGGGGGACGCCGCCGUCUUCUUCUUGCCCGAACCCACCGUCUCCCGUCCGCCUCAGGCAAGACUCCCGACUGUCCUACGCGCUUCCAGAACCCCCCUAACGCCCUAACCCCAACCAAGCGCAGAUCCUAGGCCCAAGCCGGGGUACAUGGGCGCGGAGAACCCAAUCAUCGGCGGCGGUCGCGCCGGCGGGGACGGCGGAGCCUUCGCUUUCAUCUCGAAGGGAUGGCGCGAGGUGCGGGAUUCGGCCGGCGCCGACCUGCGCCUGAUGCGGGCGCGUGCCGACCGCGAGCUGGGCCACCUCAUCACGUCGGCGUCGGCGCUCGCUGGGCCGGGGCCCGCGCCUCCUCUGCCCCGGGCGCCCGCGUGGGCGCCCAUCGCCGAGGUGGAAUCAGCGUGUAAGCGGAUCCAGCCCAAGAUUGCGGAGCUGAGGAAGCAGUGCUCGUCUUCGGUGCUCGUGGGGUGGCCGCCCAAGGCCGGAGCCAGCCUCCGCGUCGACCUCUCGGGGAUUACGGCAGCCCGCAACGCCAUUGGGUCCCACGGGGACGGCGGCGAGAGGUCGAGGGUCGCACCGUGGAAGGAGGACGGCGGCGAGAGGUUGAGGGUCGCCCCGUGGAAGGAUGACGGCGGCGGCGAGGGGGAGAAGGAGUGGGAGGUGGUUCGGAUGAUACGGAGCGGGCUGAAGGAGUUUGAGCGCCGGAGCCUGUCGAGUCAGAUGCUUGGUGGGUUUCAUGGCCGCAGCGACUUUGUGGAGAAAUUUAAACUGAGCUUGAAAUCACUGAACAAAGAGUCUCGAGAACCAAAGGAAGUCCCCCCACUGGAUCUAACUCAAAUUCUGGCACAUCUAGUCCGGCAGUCUGGACCCCUUUUGGAUCAACUUGGCGUACGUAGGGAUCUAUGUGAAAAGCUAGUGGAGACAUUGUACAGUAAACGGAAUGGCCGGCUCAUGUAUCCGUCUCUUUCAGCAGAUAGAUCCUUAAUUGGAAAUGAGAACAUAAGUGAUGAGCUGGAUCUAAGAAUAGCUAGGGUGCUAGAAAGUACUGGCUAUCACACAGAAGAAGGUUUUUGGAACGAUCCUGCAAAGUACAAGAUCUCAGAUAACAGACGCCAUGUUGCAAUUGUCACCACAGCAAGCCUUCCAUGGAUGACCGGGACAGCCAUCAAUCCGUUAUUCCGUGCUGCUUAUCUGGCAAGAAGUACAAAGCAAAAAGUGACACUGGUGGUUCCUUGGCUGUGUAAUUCAGACCAGCAACUAGUGUACCCAAAUAACAUCACCUUUAGUUCACCAGAAGAACAAGCAACCUAUAUAAGGAACUGGCUACAAGAAAGACUUGGGUUUGAAGCAGAUUUUAAGAUAUCCUUUUAUCCUGGCAAGUUCUCAACAGAGCGACGCAGCAUUAUUCCUGCGGGUGAUACCUCACAGUUCAUUUCUUCAAAAGAAGCUGAUAUAGCUAUUUUGGAAGAACCAGAGCACCUCAACUGGUAUCAUCAUGGACAGCGUUGGACAGACAAGUUCAAUCAUGUCAUUGGUGUAGUUCAUACCAAUUACCUAGAGUAUAUCAAGAGAGAAAAGAAUGGUGCUCUUCAAGCUUUCCUUGUUAAACAUAUCAACAAUUGGGUGACUAGGGCAUACUGCCACAAGGUUUUACGUCUCUCUGCAGCGACUCAAAACCUACCCAGGUCCAUUAUUUGCAACGUUCAUGGCGUUAAUCCAAGAUUCCUCCAUGUUGGUGAAAAAGUGGCAGCUGAUAGGGAGUCUGGAAAGGAGGUCUUUUCAAAGGGAGCAUAUUUUCUUGGGAAGAUGGUUUGGGCGAAAGGUUAUAAAGAAAUGAUAGACUUGUUAUCCAAACACAAAAAUGACUUGCAGGGCUUCAAGCUAGAUGUGUAUGGAAAUGGCGAGGACUCACAGGCUGUCCAGUCUGCUGCUAGGAAGUUAGAUUUGGGCAUCAGUUUUUUCAAGGGGAAGGACCAUGCAGAUGAUUCACUGCAUGGGUACAAGGUUUUCAUCAAUCCCAGUGUCAGUGAUGUCCUAUGCACAGCAACCGCUGAGGCUCUUGCAAUGGGCAAAUUUGUUAUCUGUCCCGAUCAUCCAUCAAAUGAUUUUUUCAAGUCGUUCUCCAACUGCUUGACUUAUAAAGCUCCAGAGGAAUUUGUUGCCCGAGUGAAAGAGGCCAUGGCUAGUGAACCUCAACCUCUGACCCCUGAGCAAAGAUACAGUUUAUCAUGGGAGGCAGCAACUGAGCGAUUUAUGGAGUAUUCGGAGCUUGACAAAGCUCUGAAAAAUAGAAAUGGUCAGUCUGGACAAGGUGUGGAGAGGAACAGAUUGAGGAAGAUACCUUUACUUCCUAAAUUCUCAGACAUCGUGGAUGGGGGGCUGGCAUUUGCUCAUCACUGUCUAACUGGCAAUGAGAUCCUCAGAUUGGCGACAGGAGCAAUUCCUGGUACACGUGACUAUGAUAAGCAGCAGUGCAUGGAUCUGAAUCUCUUGCCUCCCGAAGUUCAACACCCUGUAUAUGGCUUGUGAUGUUGCACUUAGUUAAUUUUAGUUGAAGCGUUUUUCUUCCUAGGUAUGUGCAUACUAAGUGUUAUCCAGUUUCUGUAGUGACCAGAUAGUAGAGGAUGUUCAUUUGUAGAAUCUUAUUAGGUUUUGUAGGGUUUGUCUUGUUUGUACAGUUCGCGUGUGACUAUCUCCCUUUAUUAUCCAAAUGGCAAAUCAUGUUAGAUUAUAAU